GCCUCUUUAGAGCUCCCGGAGAACUGGACCGAUACCCGCGAGACGCUGCUGGAGGGGAUGCUCUUCAGGCUCAAGUACAUGGGCAUGACGCUGGUGGAGCAGCCCAAGGGAGAGGAGCUCUCUGCUGCUGCUGUCAAAAGGAUCGUGGCCACGGCUAAAGCAAGUGGAAAGAAGCUGCAGAAAGUUACUCUGAAAGUCUCUCCCAGAGGGAUCGUGUUAAAUGAUAGCGGAACGAAUGAGCUGAUAGAAAACAUCUCCAUAUACAGGAUAUCCUACUGCACGGCAGACAAGAUCCACGAUAAAGUGUUUGCCUACAUUGCCCAGAACCAGCUCAAUGAGAACCUGGAGUGCCAUGCCUUCCUCUGUACCAAACGGAAAAUGGCCCAAGCAGUCACCCUGACGGUAGCUCAGGCGUUCAAAAUAGCAUUCGAGUUCUGGCAAGCAUCCAAGGAAGAGAAAGAGAAGCGGGAAAGGUCCAUGCUGGAAGGAGAAGGUGCAAGCGGCCCAAACUCCGAAGCUCCUGCCUGCCCCGCAGCACCAGUGGCCACAGGGAACUUGCUGGAUUUAGAAGAUUCUGCCAAAUUGCCCCUGACCGUCAGCGCAAACUCCAUGCAUUUAGACAACAGCACGUUUGGGCCCAGUUCCUCUGUAAACAACAACGUGGUCUGGGAAAUGGAUGAUGGUCUCGAUGAAGCAUUUUCAAGACUUGCUCAGUCGAGGACAAACCCUCAUGUUCUUGACACAGGACUGACGUCUCAAGACAUCCAGAGUGCAGAAAUGCUCUCACCUGUGGACUGGAACAAAAUAGAUUCAAAGACAGGCGAGAAGGAUGAUCUGUUCAUGUUUUGAGGUCAGAUGCAUCUCACAGUUC